UUUUUGUUAUUAAAGUUUCUCUAUGGUCAGAGGCAGAUCCAGCUGUGAGAUCCAGAAAUGUUCUGUGCCAGAAAUCUUCUGUGCAGAGUGCAGAAAUCCUUCCUCCAUGAUCCAGAAUCAGGAUCGUAAACAAAAAAUAAAACCAAGAUUGAGUUGGGUCUUUGGUCUUUUUAAGAAUGAAAAUUCUGCAGUUGUUAUUAAUAAUAGGUUUUAGUUUUGAUGUAUCUUUGUCAUCAUCAAAAUGGAUUUUGGAAUUAGGUGAUAAUUUUAUUGAUGUACGGAAAGAUGGAGGUUAUUGGCUAGUCAAAUUCUACACUCCUUGGUCUGGACAAUGCAAAAGACUUGAACCAGUGUGGGCCCAUGUUGUUCAAGCUCUAAAAAAUACUCACAUAAGAGUUGGCAAGGUGGAUUGUUCAAUAUUUCCUAAUGUAGGAAAAGCUUUUGAAAUAAUCACUUAUCCUACUAUUAAAUUGAUAAAAGCUGAAGAAGAAUUUACAUUUGAAGGAGAGAAAACAACAGAAGAGAUAAUCAAUUUUGCUAUUAGAUUAUCAGGACCUCCUGUACAACAAGUUACUCGCUCCGAGAGUCUGUCAAACAUAAAAAAUAUGAAUCAGUUAUUUUUUAUGUAUGUGGGAGAACUAGAGGGUCUAUUGUGGAAUACUUUUUAUGAUGUUGCUUCCAAAUUUCAAGCUCAUGCAUUUUAUUAUUCUGCCAGUGAAGAAAUAGCUAUGAAACAUGUUGAUAUCCAUACAUUACCUGCUGUUUUUGUUCACAAGGAAACUUCGCAUUAUUUUUAUUCAGUGGGAGAAGGAAACAAUCAAAUAGAAGCAGACCACAUCAAUGCUACCAUGCACAAAUGGAUUAAUGAAGAACGAUUCGAAACGUUUCCUAAAAUCACCGAAGCUAACAUUAACGAAAUUCUGCGUACACAAAAAUAUAUCGUCCUUGUUGUAGUAGAAGAAAAUAAAGUUUUUCAAAUACCAAAAGAAAUGCUCGAGUUCCGGAACACGGUUGAGGCAUUGGCUAGGAAGAAAAGACAUGUUUAUCAUGAUUACUUCCAAUUUGGAUGGACAAAUAGUCGUGAGUUGGCUAAUAACAUCGCCAUGCAGAUUGUUCCUUUGCCUUAUUUAAUUGUUUUGAAUUCAAGUACUUUGCAUCACCAUGUACCUGAAGAUGAACCAAUGCAAAUGACACCUGAUGCGAUUGAAAUGUUCUUAAAGAAUAUUAUUGAAGAAACAGUUCCGAUUUAUGGCGGUAAUGACAUAGCUGUAAGAAUUUAUAGAACAUAUUUUAAAGCAAGAACAACUCUAGCCGACAGAUGGUCAGGAAAUCCAGUACUGACAACUGUUUUGCUUGGACUACCUCUGGGAUUUUUGUCGUUUAUUUUGUACUCAUGUUGUUGUGCAAACAUAUUAGAUGCCGACGAUGAUGAGGAAGAAGAAUUACCUCACGAAAAAAAAGAAUAGAUGGAUUUUAUAAGGACAAUACGUUUUCAUUUAGAAAAACUGUCUCUAGUCUUUUUUGUAUUAUGUUAUGUACCUGAAUAAUUUUGUGAUAUAGAAGCCAAAGAUUUUUUUGAUAUUAUAUUUUAAUUGUCGUUUUCAUAUUAUGAAUAUUUAAUGUUAAUAUUUAUUUACACAUAUUAUAGAACAGAUGCAACGUUUACAACGCAAGCCUUUAUUAUAGGGGCGUUUAGAUGAGGCUUAUGUAACAUUUAAACAAGUUUAAUUAAAUAUGUAAAAAUUAAUAUUGUGCCAUUUUUAUAUUGUUACACUUUGGGUGUAUUUUAUAGAGAAUUACAUUAAAUAAUAAAAUAAUAUCAGAG